CUUCUACACAUGAACUGUGGCCAAAUCCCAAUGGCAACUACUAGCCCGUACAACCUUUCGUGAUCACCGGUUAAUGGAUGGUAGUAUAAUCCUUAAGCCGAGCCGAUUUCUUCGCCCAUGGAUCGGAUGCGGAGCGGCCACGCAGAAUUCGCCCUCGUGCGACAGCGGUGGCCUCUGCGAUUCCAGAGGGACAGCACGGCACUAGCAAGCACGAUGGGCGGUAGACAGGAAAUCAGAGCUGGGACUGGGAUGGAUCGAAGCUUUGAGGCUUUCGUCGGGUGGAUGGGUAUGCAAGGAGAUUGGAUCGGACCAGCAAAGCAGAUUCCUUUGCCACCUCCGGCUUACUUUAUCCGGAGUAGUUUUUGUCCACUAGAGAGCUUGGUCGCAUCCAUCAUUCAUUCAUGGUACUACUAGUUUAUGGUAGUUGACAAAUAAAUUUUAGCUUUGAAAUGAUACGCAAAAUGCAGAAUAUGAUUUUUUUUAGAAAAAACAAAUGCAGAGAUUAUGAUUAGCCAAUAGCCAUCGGCCAGGUAAACCCAGUGCGAUGCCCACAGAAAAUCCGAACAGGGCCGGCCGGACCGGCCUGCCGCCUGCGGCAACUUCCAUGCACUUGGCCCGUGGUGGAUGCCAGAUCAAACAAAAUUGACGUUUUCUUUCCUUUCCUAUCCUGGCCUGGUUCCGCUCAUCCGCUGCAAAAUUCAAAUGUUUGCCUUUUUUUUUUCAAAGAAAACACUCGUUUUGCAUGGAUGAUAAAGUUUGUACUGGUGGUUCCGUGUCAAAAGUAGCUCACUGAUUCCCAUUUUGUACUGGUGGGUAAUAAAGUUCAAAAAAAUUGUACAGAGGCAACAGAGGCGCGCUUCCCCUGUUCCUUCUCCCUCGUGGCCUCGUCCCUGGUGGCCUGGUCCAAUGUCUUUGGCAGAGGGCCGGCCCGACACGCUAUCCUCUGUUCCCCUGUCGCCAUGGGCAGGCAGGGCUGCCCGAUUUCUGCAGCUGGCUGGGGCUGCUAACGGAGUAGUAGCACUCUAGCAGCCACUUGCUGUUCCAUUCGUCAAGUGACCGGUAGCCACUUGCCACUACCGGUCCUUCGCCCACUAGCCGGUAGCCCCACACCUGCGCCGAUUCAACUUGCUCCCACGCUGAUGAUGGCAGGAGUCGUCCUCGUUCGACCGUUCGACCCUCCCUCCCUCCCUCUCCCUCCCUUGCUGUCCCAAAAAAGGCCAAAGCCGACAGCGACGCUCGCUUGCUGGCACGCGGACUGGCGCGAAUACGAAAAGAAGAGCCGCUGCCGACCUCAUGUGACUGAGAGGGCAUGGCGAUGGGGACGGGCCGCGGGGAGACGAAGAGGGCAGCGGCGGAGGGGCUCUGGCCCGCCGCGCUGACGGUGUGCUUCCUCGGUGUCCUGGCCGUCAUGCUCCUGCCUUGCUUAUCCCCGUAUUCGUAGGAGCACACGACGGUUGUAUAUACAAGAUGAUAUGUCUGAUGAUAUAUCUCCGUCCCCAUAUAUUGAGUAUGAUAGACUUCUGGGUGGCCUUCUGAUUGAGGGAUUUGACGAGAAAUCUUGUAGAAGCAGGUAUCAGUUUGCACGCUAUCACAAGUCACCAAGCAUACCUUCACCGUACCUCAUAGAGAGGUUAAGGAAACAAGAAGUGCUGCAGAAAAGGUGUGGUCCAGGAACCAAAGCAUACAAGGAAGCAUCAAAGCAGCUAAGGUCCAGUCAGAGCAUCAAUAUGACAGAUUGCAACUAUCUGAUACUGACUAUCCAUGCUGGCUUGGGGAAUCGGAUGCUUGAGAUUACUUCAGCAUUCCUAUAUGCACUACUUACAAACCGGAUUUUGCUUGUGGACCGUUACAAGGAGAUUGGUGACCUUUUCUGCGAACCCUUCCCUGGAACCUCAUGGUUAAUCCCUUCAGAUUUCCCUCUGAACUAUGGCGAGUUUACUCAGAGUAGUCCAGAGAGCUAUGGCAACAUGCUGCAGAAUAAAGUUGCCGGUGGCAAUACAGAUCGAUCUUUGGCUGGUAUUCAACCUCACUAUGUGUAUCUCCACCUUGAUGGUAACUAUGGUUUCCAUGACAAACUUUUCUUCUGCGAAGACGACCAGCAGUUCCUGCUAGGUGUUCCAUGGCUGAUCAUAAGAACAGACAUGUACUUUGUGCCGUCCCUGUUUCUAAUUCCAGGUUUCCAAGAUGAACUCAGAAGGCUGUUUCCAGAGAAAGACACUGUUUUCCAUCACUUAGCACGCUAUCUUUUUCAUCCAACAAACAAUAUUUGGUAUUCUGUUACAAAAUACUACCGGUCCUACCUGGCCAAAGCGGAAAAAAGAGUGGGAAUUCAGAUCAGAAUAUAUGAAACCAAAGGCAUCUUGCAAAGAAAUGGCCCGUUCCCACACAUUUUGAAUCAGAUCCUUUCAUGUGCACAGAAUGAGAAGCUCCUGCCAGAAAUUGGUAUGACGGAGAGAGCAGCAGCUGAUACUCAGAAUAACCGAACAAUCGCCGUUCUAACUACUUCUUUGAGCUCUUGGUACAGCUAUCAGAUCCAGAAGAAGUACGAAGAGCACCCAACAGUUGAUGGCACUACUGUCAAAGUGUACCAGCCAAGCCACGAGGAGUACCAGAGGUCAAGGAAUAAGAAGCACAACAUGAAGGCUCUUGCCGAGAUCUAUCUACUGAGCAUGAACGAUGAGCUAAUCACCAGUGGCUUUUCCACGUUUGGGUACGCAGCUCAGGGGCUUGCUGGCCUGAAGCCAUGGAUCAUGUUCAGGUCGGAGAACCACAUGGUGCCAGACCCACCGUGUGGCCGUGCCAUGUCCAUUGAGCCGUGCUUCCACCAGGCUCCCUUCUACGACUGCAAGGCAAAGAGGGACACUGACUUGGGCAAGGUGGUGCCUUACGUGAGGCACUGCGAGGACGUGAGCUGGGGUCUGAAGAUUGUAAAUGAAACUCAGUUGUAGCUGUAGUUUUGUCAGGACUCGAGACAGAUUUUCUUGCUAACUAGGGCAGAAUUCUUUUUUUCUUGUUGCAAAAGAAACUAUACGGUAGUAUUCUUUCCCUCUCCUGUAUUUGAUCCAACUGUAGAUAAGUUGAUAAACAGGUCCAUUAAUCUGUUCGCUCUCUGAUUCCAAGGAAAAGAAUGAAAAGAAAAUAUGCUUACUGUCUGAUCAA